CGCGCAUCAUUUAAAAUUUGGAAAGUGAAACCGGCUGCUGGGUAGCCAAUCUCUCGUGAAGUGUAGCUAGUGUGUUUCACAACAGUCAGUGUAUUAUGCCUUCAAAACUGGUCCAAGACGUGCUUUCAUCUCUCACUGCUGAUAAAGAUUGGCCAGAAAAUGUAGUUUUGUACAAGUCGUUAGAAGAACAAGAAUUGUUGCCAGAUGUUGCCAGAUGCUAUGCCAUUGAGGCAUUGUUAGCAAUACAUGGUUUACAAGAUGGAUUCUCUACUUGUAGAAGACAAAAUGCAGAGUCUAUGUCACCAAAGAAUGGUAAGUUACCAUUUUUGAGGAUUCGAAACAAAGUUGUUGCAGAAGAUGACGUUAUAGAGUAUCUGCAACAAAAGGAAUUUGUACUUCAUGGUGACCGCAGUGUUGAGGAAAAUCUCAGUAUAAAAGGUGUCAUGUCGCUACUUGAAACCAAACUUGUUCCAAUUGAGUUAUAUUCUAUCUGGGAAGAUGCGAAAAACGUACCAGAAACUUUAAAACGAUAUGGAUACAAUCAGCCCAAACCAUUGCAUCAAAUUUUGUGCUAUCGUAAGCGACAAGAAGUUCGAGAAUUUCUUCGAGUUGCUGGAUAUUUAACAAAGUCGGAAGACCAGCUAAGCAAAGAACUCGAGCAGAUUUUCACCCUACUUGCACGUAAAUUGGAGAAAAGCAAAUAUAUUAGUGGCGAACAAGUAAGCGAGGCUGACGUGUACGUGUUCGGUCAUCUACAAGCGAUUAUGGAAUCAAAGCUACCCAAUAAUAUAUUACUUAAUACUUUACAACAUUUUCCGAAACUUACCAACUUUUGUUUAAAUUUUAAUCAAGUUCAUUUGGGACAUCAAGCAAUGUUAUGGGAGUUUGUAUGAUCGAGAGAAAUCAUCAGCGACAAAAAAUUUGCGAUGACGUGCUAGCAUUUUUCUCUGUAUAGUAUCUAUAAAAUCUUCAUAAUGAAAAGGUCAUGAUGUUUGGUUUUCAGUGCUUGUCAACUUUUAUCAAAAAUGUGAUGCUGAUUACACACUUUGUUGUAUGUUUGUGAUGAUUGUAUUUUUAGUGUUAUACCUUAAAUAUCCUUUAUCCCAUAUUUCCGUUAUUAUUAUUUUUUUGAAGGAAGAUCCACAGAUUUUUUACUCAGA